AUGUUCCCAGAAUUGAAAACCAGGCCAUACUCUGUUCCCCAGCCCAACGACUGGACAACCUAUACCAGGUCGCUUUUGGCUCUGUUUGAAGCAGCAGCUCCAGGGUCAACCCAGGGCUUGCCAGAACUCAUUCCAGAGAAAUGGCCGCUUGAAGAAACCCACUACUAUGUCCAUUCGUUUGGGUUCUGUCGAAAGACGAAAAACCAGCGCCAAAAGUGUCGUUUUUCAUCCAACAAGUUCAUAAAAAGCCAGAUUAUCCAAGAUAUAGCGUUGGUGUUUGCUGGAGGCCUGAAAAAUCCAUCUGCCAAACAGAAACACAUUGCACAUUCCUGGGAAAAGGCGUUUUCCAGUGCCCACCAGUCUACACUUAAUGCUCUAGCCAACCUGGCUUCCCAUACGUCCAAAGUCGACUUAAACGAAGCAGCUAUGGAGAUUAUUGAUGAUUAUGGCCGAGAAACAGACAUUCCGGUGUACCUGGGUGUUAUUCUAGGAGCCCUCGUUGCCUACUUGCUUUUUGGGCUUCUUGUGUUUCUUGGUGAAGGAAUGGUGGUCUUGUCUGGCGUGAUUCCGUGGAUUGUGAUGGUUCUCUUUGUCGUGGAGACGCUUUGGCGGUCCAGGAGAAGCGUAGGGGUUCUUGAAGAGACGCUAGCGGCUGGCCAGUUGGCGGUGGUUGGAUUUAUGAUGUUUUUGUUGGCAGCAACGAUGGUCUUUGGCUAUAAAGUGGGAGCAGAAAGUAUAAAAAGGUGGAUGAACGAGAGAAGGGUGUGA